GGACAAAGGGACCGGGACAAAGAGGACCGGGACCGGAGCUCAGACCUGGGGCUUUAGAACCGAGCGGCGCGGUGCAGCGGACCCGGGCUGCGGUGGACUCCUGGCGGCUGCAGCUCCGCCUGCGUCCCGCUAAUCUGAGACAUGUACCAGGUCCAGCUGGUCGGCGAGCAGCAGGAGAGUCGCCCCCUGCUGAGUCCCUCCAUCGAUGACUUCCUGUCAGAGAGCCGUGGCGACGCCGCCUCCUCCCGACCUCUCACCUCCAACACAGCAGUUCUGUCCACAGCUCUGAACCUGGUGGACCUCAGCGAGCCGGGAGGGGUCAGUGGGGGGGGGAGGAGGAGGAGGACUCCUCUGAGGAGGAAGGGCAGCUCGAUGAGUCCUCGACGGCGAGCGUGUCCUGAGGAGACGGAGCUUAUCCAGGUGGAGGUGGAUCACCUGCCCGUCCGUCCCAGGACACCUGAGCGGGUGUCACACGACUCAGGUAGUCUAUCGUCUCCUCUGGACAAAUGGGAAGAGGUGAAUCUGGACGUGGAGGACGGAGGACACAGGAGGAGACAUGAGAAGAAAUGCACCUCCCAUCACUCCUCCAGUGAACUGCUGUGGUCUGCAGAGUUCAAAACUGAUCCAGUGACGAAGAGCGUCCACAGCCUCAACUCGUCACCACAGGAAUGUGAGGCGUCCAGACAGAGAAGACGAACUCGUUGCGUUCUGAACAGAAACGAGUCUCAGGACGACGAGUUUGUCAGAGCGAAGGCUGCUGUCGAGUCGGACACUGAGUUCUGGGAUAAGAUGGAGGCCGAGUGGGAGGAGCUAGCUCGGAGGAACUGGCUGGAGGAGUCCGAGGAUCAGGAGCCGGUCCCGCCCAGCGCCUCCCCUGUGGAGAAGGGUUACUUCUUCAACCCGACCAACCCGUACAGAGAGACGACCAGCGCCUUCGCCGAGGGGCAGGAGCGAGCCCGGGACGGGGACCUGAACGCCGCCGUGCUGCUGCUGGAGGCCGCCAUCUUACAGGACCCGCUGGACUCUGAGGCGUGGCAGCUUCUGGGAACGACUCAGGCUGAGAACGAGAACGAACAGGCCGCCAUCGCAUCGCUGCAGAGGUGUCUGGAGCUCCAGCCCAACAACCUCCUGGCCCUCAUGGCGCUGGCCGUCAGCUUCACUAACAGCAGCCUCCAGCAGGAGGCGUGUGACGCUCUGCGCCGCUGGAUCAGGAACAACCCCCGAUACCAACACCUGGUCCUGGAGCACAGGAGCCCCCUGCUGGGCUCCCCGGGAACGCCACGCAGGGGGCCCCCCCCCUUCACCUGGGCCAGGUGUGAGCUGCAGAGUGUGUUGCUCCUCUUCCAGGAAGCGGUUCUGUUGAAUCUGGACUCAGUGGAUCCAGAUCUUCAGACUGGACUCGGUGUUCUCUUUAAUCUCAGCUCCGACUUUAACAAAGCAGUGGAGGCGUUCAGUGCAGCGCUGUCCGUCAGACCACAGGACUACCUGCUGUGGAACCGCCUCGGAGCGACGCUGGCGAACGGCAGCCGCAGCGAGGAGGCGGUGGAGGCGUACAGCCGCGCCCUGGAGCUGCAGCCGGGGUUCAUCCGCUCCAGAUACAACCUGGGGAUCAGCUGCAUCAACCUGGGAGCUCACAGGGAGGCGGUCAGUAACUUCCUGACAGCUCUGAACCAGCAGAGGCGGAGUCAGCGCUGCAGCCAGCAGCAGAUGUCAGCUAACAUCUGGGCGGCGCUGCGUAUCGCCGUCUCCAUGAUGGACCAACCAGAGCUGCUCCAGGCCGCCAGCGCCGGGGACCUGGACCUCCUGAUGAGGGCCUUCCACCUGGGGGACGUCUGACUGGAGCUGGACCCGGCUGGUUCCACAACAAAGAGACAACGGCAGCAGCUCCUUCAAAAUAAAAGAGCACAACCUUUUAGCUUCCUGUUUAUAAGAGUCUUUUAAAGGGAUCGUUCGGGG